UGAUAAUGAUGAUGAUGAUGGAGCGAAGAAGAAAAAAUUAGUGUGUCCAUUUUUUUUUACAUAUAUUCUUGAUGUGAUGAUCAUUGUGAAACUACGACAAUCAUCUUUUUUUAUCAUUGACAUUAACGAUUAAACGGAAAACAAAAUCAUCAUCAUUAUCAUUAUAAUUUAUUCAUCAAAAGAAAAUUCAAAAUUUUUCCAGCUUUUUCAACUUCGAAAUCAACACAUCAAACAAAAGGAAACAUGGAUUCAAAUAUGAUGGAUAUAUCAAUUUUUAUAACAACAUUAUCAAUGAUAAUGAUGUUAAUUAUUAAUGGUAUUGAUGCAAAUGUUUCAAUAAGACCUGAACCAAAUAAAGAUGUUGGUAUAAUGUCUGGUGAAUCCAAAUAUUUUCAAUGUAUUGGUUCAAGUAAUAAGGAAAAAUUAUCAUGGAUUAAUCCAAAAGGACAAGAAAUCGUAAAUGAUCCUAAUAAUGGAAUAUAUACAAUAUAUAUUGUUAAAAAGAAUACGAUCAAAUUAGAGUUAAAAAAUCCAACCAAACAAGAUUCAGGUGUUUAUAAAUGUAUAUCAAGAGAUGAACAGAAUAGAGAAACAUCAGCAUCAUUCCGUUUACAUGUAUUCAAUCCAACCAUAUUGAAAGCAUCAAAAGAAUCUUAUCAAGUUAAUGAAGGUGAUAAUGUUCGUAUUGAAUGUAUGGUAACUGCUGAUAAAGAUGCUACUAUUGAAUUUAUGUGGACAUUUGGUCAAUAUGAUUUAAGUCAAGAUCCAAGAUAUCGUAUUGAAAUUAAUCGUGAUCGUUCACCGAAUCCGGAUGAAAUACGAACGAUUAGCCGUUUAGAAAUCAGAAAUGUUAGUAAAGAUCAUGAUGGUAAUUAUGUUUGUUCGGUUGAUACAACCAAUCGUUUUAUUUCGGAUUCAAAAGAGCUCAAAUUGACUCUUCGUGUUCAAUAUAAACCACGUUUUGAUGAAAAAACACCGGCACAUAUUUGGGUAUCUGAAGAAGCUGUUCAACAAGGUGGACCAUUAUCGGUAAACAUAUCCUGUAUUGUUUAUGCUGAUCCAGUAGCAACAAUUGGUUGGUUUACAGCUGAUAAUCGUCCAGUUGAUCCUAAUCAACAAAGAGGUGGUGUUAAAACGAAAAUAAUCGAUUCAAUCAACAUGUCAACAUUGAUGUUAACAUUUAGAAAUAUUGAUGAAAUACGAAAUCCACGACCAAAUUCCAGAAUUAAAUAUAAAUGUCGUGCUGAAAAUACACAAGGAGCUGAUAGCCGAUUGUUUGAAAUAAAAAUUGGCCGUAUACCUGAUUCACCAAUGGUCGUACGUUUGGAUUAUAAAGAAGGUGCCAUUAUUUUGGAAUUGAAUGAAACAAAUGUUGAACCACCGAUCGAUAUUUAUCGUUUGGAGAUAUCGGAUGAACAAGCUCAUCUUUUCAAUAAAUCAAAUGCAAAAGAUAAUACAACAUAUGUGAUUGAAACAGCAUUACCACGUGGUGAACAUAAAGUAAAUAUUUAUGCUCAUAAUCCGGUUGGUUGGUCUGAACAACCAUAUUCAAGCUAUUUUUUGCAAGUAAUUAGUGCCGGUUAUCGUCCAUCAAUAUUAACACAAUAUUGGCCAUAUUAUAUAUUCAUACUAGUCAUUAAUAUUAGUCUUAUACAAUUACAAUCAACAACAAUUUAUUUUGAUCAUCAUAAUCAUCAAAAGAUUGUUAGCAAAUGAUUUUCCUUGUUUCUUUCUUUUUAGUCAUAAACAACACCUUUCUCAAUCAAUUCAAAAACCUCUUUAUUACUCAUCAUCAAUCAUCAAUAUUAUCCUUUGUUAGUUUGUUUGUAUCUCAUCAUUAUCAUCAUCAUAUAAAAUUCCCUUUAUAACUUUGUGUGUGUGUGUGUAUUUGUGUGCAUCAAGUGUGUAAGAAUUUUUGGAAUUUAUCUAAACAAAAAAAUAACUAACGAAAAAGACAUUCCAUUCUAUCAUCAUUUGUCAUCAUUAAAAAAACGACAACGGUCGUUUUUUAAAUAUAUUUUAUAGGCUGCCAUUAGUUACAUUUUUCAUUCAGUUAUUUUUCACCAUAAAUUCUUUGUGCUGUCAUCAUUUGAUUUGUUUUUCUUGAAACAAAAAACGAAACAACGACAUCAUCCUAUAAAAUACACACAUACUCACUUGCACACUCAUCAAAAUUAUCAAAAUUUUAUCAUCAUCAUAUGAAAGCAGCUAAAUCACCAAAAAAAACAAAAACAAAAAUAAAGCAAAUACUUUCGUAUCGUUCUAAACU